CGGAGACCCGCCGGUAAUAAUAUUAUAUAGUCUCUCUUGGCAUUUUUUCCCCCAUUCGUCUCCCUCACCCGUUUUCUCUCCUUCUCCAUUUUCAGUUUAAUUUUACAGUUCGUUCCCUCUUUCUCUCUUUCGCCAUUUUCAUACUUAUUUUUCAUUUUUAAUUUUUCCAAUAAGAUGUCGUUUAUAUAUAUAUAUAUACUUUGUUUCAGGUGGCUUGUGACAACUUGGGUUGAGUUUCACUUCGAUAAAACUUGGCUGUUUUCUCGACUUUCGUUUACAGUGUUGGGUAGUAUUUCUAUUGCCAUUUUGGUGGAAGAAGACAAACAAACAUGACUACUAUGGCGGAAAUGAUGAAGUCAAUGCGUGAAGAGAUCCGGAUGUUGAAAUCUCAACAAGGUCCAUCUGGUAAUCCUCAGCAUACCAGUACAGAAGCUGAGUCGCGGUUUGAAAGCCUUCUCCAACGAUAUUUACCAUCACAACCUGAAGGUGGUAUAUCUUCUCAUAGUCCACCUCCUUGGUCGAUGCCACAACAACAACAACAUGUGUAUCCACCUCAACAGAAUUAUCCAAACACGUAUGGACGCUCCUCCCAGUCCCCUCCUUUUUAUUACCCCGACCUCCCUACAGGAUCUCAGACGUCACAUCCUAGGCAGCAGCAUCCACAGCAGAUGUAUGGUCAAUUUGUGAGUUCGUCGCAGCAGCAGAGGUAUGGUCAGUUUGAGAGUUUUUUGCAUCAGUCUCCCUCGCCGCGACCACAUGCUCGACAAUUUAGGUCAUCUUCGCAGCAUCACACUACACAAGCACCACAGUUUGCUUCACCACCGUUGCCGCGCCCUAAUACUAGUGAUCAAGAUAUUGAUCUUAACGAAUAUUUUACACCAAGUUGGCCUGAUCAAAACAAUAAUAAUUAGAUUAUGUUUUUUAAUUAUAUUAAGACUGAAAUUUUAUUAUGUUUAUUUUAUAAUUAGUUUAUAUGUAAUUAAAAUGAGACAAUUUGUAUUUUAUUAAGUUUAUAUGUAAUUAAAAUGAGACAAUUUGUAUUUUAUUAAGUUAAUUUUAUGAUUAAUUACAAUUUUAU